UCGUGUAUUGUGUAUUCUUUCUUCUCGGAACUCGCUGCUGGUGGGUAAGGCCGGGGAAGCUUCGAGGUUGGGUGGGGUGCUGCUGGUUGAUGUCGAUGGCGCAGGUGUGCUGCGACUCGGCGGCCGCAGCGGUGGCGGCGGCGGUGGCUGGGCCGGAGGCGGAGGCCCGGGCGAGGGCGCGCGCCGAGAGGAGGCGUCGGGCAGGGGAGGCCGGGAGGUGGAAGCACGCCGCCGCGGCGGCGGCGGUGGCGCCUGGGUCGGCCGAGGCCGUCGCGGCCACGAGGAAGCGCCGCGUCGACGCGGGGGAGCUGCUCGUGGCGCGGAAGCACGGGGCGGCCUCGGUGGCCGGCCGCAGGAGGGAGAUGGAGGACGCCGUGUCCGUGCGCGAGGCGUUCGUCGCGCCCUCCGCUGCUGUGGACGAGGGGCGCCCCGCCGUCGGGAGCGGGAGGUGCGAUUUCUACGGGGUGUUCGACGGCCACGGCUGCUCCCACGUCGCCGAGGCGUGCCGGGACCGGAUGCACGACCUGCUCGCCGAGGAGCUGUCCACCGGCGGCGACGGGGCGGCGCUGCCGCGGGAGCCCGCGGCCUGGACCGAGGCGAUGGAGCGGUGCUUCGCGCGGAUGGACGCCGAGGUGGCCUCCGCCGGUGGUCGCGCCGCGGCGACCGCCAGCGCCAGCUGCCGCUGCGACGCGCACAAGCGCGACCACGUGGGCUCCACGGCCGUGGUGGCCGUCGUGGAGGAGCGCCGGGUGGUGGUCGCCCACUGCGGCGACUCCCGCGCGGUGCUCUGCCGCGGCGGCGGCGGCGCGGCGCCGGUGCCGCUGUCCUCGGACCACAAGCCCGACCGGCCCGACGAGCAGGAGCGGAUCGAGUCCGCGGGCGGGCGCGUCAUCUUCUGGGAGGGCGCGCGGGUGCUGGGCGUGCUGGCCAUGUCCCGCGCCAUCGGGGACGGGUACCUCAAGCCGUACGUGUCGUCGGUGCCCGAGGUGACGGUGACGGACCUCGUCGAGGACGACGAGUGCCUCAUCCUGGCCAGCGACGGGCUGUGGGACGUGGUGAGCAACGAGGCCGCCUGCGAGGUGGCGCGCGCCUGCCUCCGCAGGGGCAGGGAGAAGUGGUGCGCCGAGGCCGCCGCGCUGCUCACCAAGCUGGCCCUCGCCAGGCGCAGCGCCGACAACGUCUCCGUCGUCGUCGUCGACCUCCGCCGGAAGAACCACUAGCGCUCGCUCGCUCACGCUCCGUGGUAGUAGUACAGCGGGAUGAUGCACAAAAAAGACUGGGGGAUGUAGUUGUAGCUAGUAAUUGUACUAAUAGUUUUUUCUUUUUUUGGAAUCAUUUUUUGGCUGUAUUUCUCCCUGAAUCAAAGUUCAGAGGAGCGCUUAGAUUAAUUAUUAUUAUGGUGUAACCGGAAUUCGAUCCGGAUACCAUUUCGGAUGAAAAGGGUGUUCAAACCAUCUAAGGCUGAGAUGGUCAGACAAGAAGAAUUCGAUGCGGAUCCAAUCGUGGAAUGAAGCUAAUCUUGUCUCGAAAAACAACAGAUCAUCUGAAAAGAAAAAAGAGCAACGGGGGACAGCACGUCGUUCUGAACAAAUCGAACACACCUGUGGAAUUCCUGUGCCUCUGAUGAGAAACAGGUCGUGCAACCAUUUUACUCAA